GCUGCCCGAGGGGCCGAUCUGAGCUCCGCGCCCGGCCGGCCGCGCCGCUCCCCGCGGGGCCACGCCCUGUCAAACUUUGCUGCGGCGGCGCCGGGGAAGGAGGGAGGGGCGCGGGGCUGCGAGAGGCGGCCCGGGUCCGCGGCCACCAUGCCCCAGCUAGGCGGCGGCGGGGGCUGCGGCUCUGGAUCCGGGGCGGCCGGCGGAGGGGACGACCUGGGGGCGAGCGACGAGCUGAUCCCCUUCCAGGAUGAGGGGGGCGAGGAGCAGGAGCCAAGCAGCGACAGCGCCUCGGCGCAGCGGGAUCUGGACGAAGUCAAGUCGUCUCUGGUCAACGAGUCGGAGAACCAGAGCAGCAGCUCGGACUCGGAGGCGGAGAGGCGCCCUCAACCCGCCCGGGACUCUUUCCAGAAGCCGCGGGACUAUUUCGCCGAAGUGAGAAGGCCCCAAGACGGCGCGUUCUUUAAAGGGCCCCCCUACCCUGGUUACCCUUUCCUGAUGAUCCCGGACUUGAGCAGCCCGUACCUCUCCAACGGACCCCUGUCUCCCGGAGGAGCGCGCACGUACCUGCACAUGAAAUGGCCCCUCCUCGAUGUGCCCCCCAGUUCCACAGUCAAGGACACCAGGUCGCCAUCUCCCGCACACUUGUCUAAUAAAGUCCCUGUUGUUCAGCACCCGCAUCAUAUGCACCCGUUGACGCCCCUCAUCACCUACAGCCGGGACCACUUCUCCCCUGGCUCCCCUCCCACGCACCUCUCCCCGGAGAUUGAUCCAAAGACAGGAAUCCCUCGGCCCCCUCACCCAUCGGAGCUCUCACCGUAUUACCCGCUGUCUCCUGGAGCUGUUGGACAAAUCCCCCACCCCCUCGGCUGGCUCGUCCCACAGCAAGGACAGCCCAUGUACUCCCUUCCUCCCGGUGGCUUUCGGCACCCGUACCCCGCCCUCGCCAUGAACGCCUCCAUGUCCAGCCUGGUCUCCAGCCGGUUCUCCCCUCACAUGGUGGCUCCCGCCCAUCCUGGCCUGCCCACCUCAGGGAUCCCCCACCCAGCCAUCGUCUCCCCCAUUGUGAAGCAGGAACCAGCAGCCCCCCGUCUGAGCCCCGCAGCCAGUGCGAAAUCCCCAGUCACCGUGAAGAAGGAGGAGGAGAAGAAGCCCCAUGUGAAGAAGCCUCUGAAUGCCUUCAUGCUGUACAUGAAGGAGAUGAGGGCCAAGGUGGUGGCUGAGUGUACCCUGAAGGAAAGCGCAGCCAUCAACCAAAUCCUGGGAAGAAAGUGGCACAACCUAUCUCGAGAAGAACAGGCCAAGUACUAUGAGCUGGCACGGAAGGAACGGCAUCUUCACUCCCAGCUCUACCCAACCUGGUCAGCCCGGGACAACUACGGUAAGAAAAAGAAGAGGAAGAGAGAAAAGCAGCUGUCUCAGGCACAGUCGCAGCAGCAAGUGCAGGAGGCAGACGGUGCUCUGGUCUCCAAGAGUAAGAAGCCAUGCAUCCAGUACCUGCCUCCUGAGAAGCCCUGCGACAGCCCUGCCUCUUCCCACGGCAGCAUGCUGGACUCCCCUGCAACCCCCUCCGCAGCCUUGGCCUCACCAGCUGCCCCUGCGGCCACCCACUCAGAGCAGGCCCAGCCCCUCUCCCUCACCACCAAGCCUGAGACCCGGGCCCAGCUGSCUCUCCAUUCGGCAGCCUUCCUUUCUGCGAAGGCUGCAGCCAGCUCCUCUGGCCAGAUGGGCAGCCAGCCGCCCCUCUUGUCCCGGCCCCUGCCCCUGGGGUCCAUGCCUGCGGCUCUGCUGACCUCUCCCCCAUCCUUCCCUGCCACACUCCACGCCCACCAGGCCCUCCCUGUGCUACAGGCCCAGCCUCUCUCCUUGGUCACUAAGUCUGCCCACUAAGCUUUCCUGUGACUCAUCAAGGAGAAACAACUCAAAAGAAAAACAAGGAAACUUUAUUGGUCAAUAUUUGACCACUCUGGACUGUUCAGUAGAGUGACUGGUACCAACAGCACUUUACGUUUUAUAGGUGUAACCAGUAGCCGACCUUCAGGCUUUUUUAAAAAACAAACAAAACAAAACAAAACUUCACAAGAAAGAACACCUUAGUAGUGUUGCUCUCCUGUGCUGCGGUGGGUGCACYGGGCAGAAGUUGCCCUCCACUGCCUCUUCCUGCUCCUCGCUGUCCACACUCUCCUCACCUCCUCACCUCCGUAUCCGGACAUCCCCAUGGUUGCCAGUGCCCCGAGGGCUCGCCCAGGGCCUCCAUCUCGACCAUCCUGCCUCUCCCGUUGCCCAGCCCAUGAUCUCGUCACAAGCUCAGCCUGCAGUCGCUCUCCCAUCCUCUACCACGGCUGGGACCAUGUGCCAUCACAAGCUCAGCCUGCAGUUGCAUUCUCUAGUAGGGCUGGGACCAUGUGCCAAGACACCUGGGCCUGAUCUGUUUGCAUCAGCACCCCUGCUCCCGCCCCCGGGGCUUGGCACUGCAGAGCCCCUACCACCCCCACAGCCAGGGGAAGGAGUUCCACUGAGACGUCCCCACCCCUGCACUGAAAGGGACUCCAGGUGCUUGCCACUUCCCAGGAAGAGGUCCCUGUCCGUUGUCCCCCCCACCCCUUGGCCCAGCUGCUGUCACCUGGGCUCUCRCCAGCACAAUCUGCCAAAGCCAGAAGACCCUCUGCCUUCCCCGUCACCUCACGUGCUUUCUCUGUGUGUAUUUCAUUUUGUUUUUAUGGGUUUUGGAGCAAUUUAAACUCCCUGUUGUUUAUUUUCACAAAAGAAAAUAAAAUUGCAGUUGUAAUA